AUGGGUAGACUUAGCAAACGCGCUGCUCAUAUGAGACAGCACCGUUUAAAUGAGACAAACGAAGAAAGGAAGAAACGUCUAUCUCAAAAGAGGAAAUCUACCUCAAUUGACAUUUCAAAAGAGACUUGUGAAGAGCGCAAAAAUAGGCUUUCAAUAAUGCGGGCUUACAUGAAAAAAGUUUUGUACAGGGAAAAUAUCGAAAAACGUACUCUCCGUCUCGGCCUGAUCCACGAUCGCCUAUCGAAUGAGAUGGAAGAUCAACGUGCCCACCGCCUCGGCGUGAUCCACAAUCGUCUAUUGAAUGAGACGCAAGAGCAACGUGCCCACCGCCUUGGCAUGAUCCACGAUCGUCUAUCGAACGAGACGGAAGAGCAACGUGCUCACCGCCUCGGUGUGAUCCACGAUCGUCUAUCGAACGAGACGGAAGAGCAACGUGCUCACCGCCUCGGUGUGAUCCACGAUCGUCUGUCGAACGAGACGGAAGAGCAACGUGCUCACCGCCUCGGAUUGAUCCACGAUCGUCUAUCAAAAGAGACGGAAGCGAAACGUGCCCACCGCCUCGGCGUCAUCCACGAUCGUCUAUCGAACGAGACAGAAGAGCAACGUGCUCACCGCCUCGGUGUGAUCCACGAUCGUCUAUCGAAUGAGACGGAAGAGCAACGUGCCCACCGACUCGGAUUGAUUCGCGAUCGCUUAUCAAACGAAACACCUGAAACUCGUUCAGAUCGACUUAGUAGAAUGCAACAAGCUAAUCAAGCUUGUAGGGACAUCACAAAUGAACAAUCUUUUGAAGCGGCUAUUAAUAUUUUUGCUGAUGUACCAUGCGCCGUUUGUAAAAGAAGCCUUUAUCCUCAACAGCGUUCCAAUUUACGAGCAAAUAUGUAUAGUAUACUAUUACCUGAAGAACUGGUUGCUUUAGGUACAAUAACUACGUGCUCUCGAUGUAGCAAUAAUAUUAGGAAAAGAAAAAUUCCAACAACUGCAUAUUGGAAUAAAAUGAUGCCCGCAGAAGUACCGCCUGAAUUAGUCAAUUUGACGAGCGUUGAAGAACGAUUUUUAAGCCGCAUCGUACCAUUUUUAAAGAUUGUAAAACUUAAUAACCGGUUCAGUCAAAAUUGGUGUAAAGGGCAGGUCAUUCUAUUUACAAAGGAUGUUGUGGAAAUUGCUGAACAGUUACCACUGACACCAAAUCAAGCUGGUUUAGUUUUGGUAGUGGAAAGUCUCGAGAACCUUUCAUGUUCUAAAGAAUUCGUCGUGGAUAUGCAAAGACUGAAUCGAGCAUUAACUUGGUUAAUUUCCAAUAACCAUCUUUACAGCGAUGUUCAGGUACAUUUUGAAACUACUUUAAAUAUUCCUCAUAUAUUACAAAUAGCUGAAAAUUCUAUUCCUGAACAGGAUGGCGUUGCUUCUGAAACUUUAUCACAACAUUAUAUCACUUUAAAUGACAACAAGGCAAUAUUACGCGGAUCAUUUAAUCAAGGUGAUUUACGAUUUAAUUUAUCUCGGGGUAAGCAAUGUACUGGGAUAGCGGCUGUUGCUUGUGCAGCAUUUAGUGUAUUAGAUCCAAACAAGUGGGCCAAAAGUGAUAUUGAUUACAUUGUAAUUAUUGGCGAUAAAUACUAUAAUGACUGCAUCGCUGCUAGAGAUAAUCCUGCGCCCGGCGAAGUAAAUCCUGAGUACCUUGCUGUUUCAGAUCUUAGUCCAAGACUUAUAUAUAAUAGACAAAAUUUAGUGAUCACAGUACUUGAGGAAACCAAUCAUAAUGGCCACAUAGACAAUGAUAAUACUUCCGAUGGAUUUCCUAAUUUAAAAAAUGCAUUAUUAAGUUUUUUCAGAGAACACUCCAAUGGGAUACUUACAGCAAACGCCAUAUCGAUAGCAGUGCAUUGCAGAACUUUAGGUGACAAUCAAACUUACUUUUUGUUUGAUUCCCAUGUAAGGGGUCCCAAGGGGGCCUCCGCUCCCAUAAAUGGUACCGCUUGUUGCAUGCGAUUUAGUGAACUGGAUGAUUUGCAUGCUAUUUUACGUCGCAAUUUAUUUGUGUCGCCAAAAAAAGUGCCAGAAGGAAACUUUCGAGAUAAUCUUAAUGUAUUCUCGUUAACAUCAUUAGUUAUAGCUCGAGACUCCCAAACACAAACAAUUACGCCAAUAUUGGAACAAUCGUCAAGGUUAGAGAGUCCAACAUUUACACCAAACGAUUCCCUCCAACCGAUAAUACAAACAGCUCGAGACUCCCAAAUACAAACGAUUACGCCAAUAUUGGAACAUUCGUCAAGGUUAGAGAGUCCAACAUUUACACCAAACUAUUCCCUCCAACCAAUAAUACAAACAAGUAAUACCCUCCAAACAACAACACAAGUCAUUCAGUCUAUCCAAAAAACAGUUCCGGUAAAAUCAACCCAUUUUCAGUUGCCAUUACCAGUUCAUAACUCCUUAAGCACUAUUUAUAUCGAAUCAACAGGUAUGCUCCAAAAUAUAGACGAUAACGUACCUAAUUUAGAAAAUGUUGUUAAUAUGAAUAGCUCUUCAACCGAUGAUACAAUGAGAUUGGCCGCAAUCACAAGGAAAACUGCACCUCCCUUGAAUUUGGAACGUGAACGCCGUAUGGAGGAAUUAUGUUGGUAUUUUCUUUUUUCCAAAUGGCAGGAAUGGCUUUGGCGAGGAAAGAGAAAAUGCGUGUACCCCCCUUGA